CUUGCAGCGCCACACACCACCAACAUGCUGUGCUGGUCGAGGGUUUUACUGCUGCUGUACGUCCUGCUUCUGGCUGCUGCCACCGAGGACAGUGAGGAACAGCAGAAGGAGAAUGAAGGAUUUGCCUCUUUGACGUAUGGGGAAGAAGGGCCGCCCCUCAACGUGAUAGUGGAGGCAGUGUCAAGCACCGCCCUCAACGUGUCAUGGGACCCACCUGAUGAAGAACCUCAGUACUAUGAAGUCACUGAUGUUAGAGAUUCUUUUAACGAAUUGGCAUAUACCACCUACUGUUUAAUAGAUGAACUACAACCUUGUAAAACAUAUUUUUAUACUGUAGCGUCUCAUUACGAAAGUAAACAGUAUCCUUCUCCCCCUACGUCUGGCAUAACAUUAGCUUCAGUACCGCCACCACCACUGAACUGUGACUUUGACCGCAUUACCACAAACUCGAUGUAUCUUACCUGGAGUGCGCCAGACACAGCGUGUCAUAUUAGAAACUACAAUAUCAGCUGGUCAUGGUCCAGUCUGUGGGAUGACGAGCACGACUCAGGUGAAACAUUCAGUACCGUAACAAAAACUCCUCUGAGAGGCCUUCCUCCGUACGCCAACGUCACAGUUGAUAUUGCAGCAGCCACUGAUGCAGGUUUUGGUCCACCUCUAACAUGCUGGAAUGUUACACAACAGGACAAGCCGGGGCCGCCUGUCAACGUGAGAGCUACAACAGCUGACCACGCAGUAUCUGUCACCUGGGAGAAGCCUCAGAAAGCCAAUGGAAAAAUCGUAAACUAUAUCAUCUCUGGCAGUGAAAACGACACAACUGUAGAUGGAAAAACCACAACUGUCAACAUUCAAGGACUACAGCAAUGUAAACUAUACAAUAUUACCGUCACGGCGGCGACUGUGGCAGGGUGGGGGACAGCGACUGACCCACUCCCUGUUUUUCUCAAUGAUAGUGUUAUACCCAGCUCCGUGAAGUGUGACCUUAAUGGUUCUAAUGUAAUGGUGACCUGGGUACCACCUCCUGAGCAAUGCCCGCCGCCCACCUACAACAUCAGCUGGAGCGGCACAUCAUUGUGGUCCGAUGAUACAGAUACUAAUAGUUGUUCCAUGGACUGGAUGAAUGAAGACCCAUUAAGCUAUGAGCUGCCGCACUCUCUGCCUUAUACAAAGUACAGCGUGUGUGUAAGUGUGGAUGGUUACACCAGCGACACUGGGUGCUGCCAACGAGUCACUCCACAGGCUACUCCAGGACCUCCUGAACUCUUAAACCUGCACAACGAUAAAACUUCUCUCAUUGUUAACUGGACUGAACCUGAAGAAAAGAAUGGCGUAAUUGACGAGUACAGAAUCACUUGGACUGACUCAAAAGGUACUCCUACUAACACCAAAAUACCCAAAGAAAGUUGCUGCUCACACACAAUCAAUAAUCUAACUCCGUGUGAGAACUACACCGUCAGCGUCUCAGCUCACACAGUAGAUUGGGGGGAGGAAUCCCCUACAAAAAAAACAUUUAUCCCAAAUUUCGUUACAGAUUCCAGCCUGAACUGUGACGGCAGUAAUUCUCGGGAAGCUCACAUCUCCUGGUCCCUCGCCGUACGUGACUGCCCGGUGGACGAAUACUUUAUGAACUGGACAACAACUGUUCAGUGGAAUGGCCAUCACAAUUCCAACAGCACUACUAUGAAAGGUGGGGGAAACCUCACCACGGUGUUACGUGGCCUUGAACCAGAGACGGAGUUUGAUUUUUGCUUACGCGUUGAUGAAGCAGGGAGCAAUACGGCCUGCUGCACCAGUACCACCAGACCAGAGAAACCCUCUCAACCUAAAAAUCUGAAGAUCGAAAACAAGACUCAGACCACUGUCACCUUAAGCUGGUCUUUACCUGACCAACUCAAUGGAAUACUGGAAGACUGGCAAUUAACCUGGCCACCCAACACGGAGGAUGAAGGCAUUGUCCUGCCCAAAUCUAAAAGGGCAUACACAGUUACCAACCUGAAGCCCUCCACAAAUUAUACCUUUGACUUGAUGGCUGGUAAUGGCGCUGGUUAUGGUGAUGCAGCUGAAAUUAUCGUCACCACCAAACCACCAGACAACAAUAACAAUACCAAUAACACUGCAAUAAUAAUCGGGGCGUCUGUUGGCGGUGUGUUGCUUGUUGUGAUACUCGUGGCUUCCAGCGUUUAUGUUUACAGAAACAAGUCAAGGAAAACUCCCCCAAUCUCCAGGAAGGAUACCCCUUUGGAACGAAGUCAAAAUAUUUACUCUCAAUAUCCAGAUCCGUAUGUGAACCAGCAACAAACUCCCGGGAAUAAGGAAUCUUUAUCCCACGAACAAGGACCUAGGGAAGACAUUGCCUUGGACGAAAUAAAUAUUAAGAGACCUAACUCAAGCAUGUUCACCGAAGAAAUGACACCAGCAAGAAAUAAUGCUGGAGAAAGACGCCCAUCACAGACGCCAAGUGGAGUAAUUAAUUACAGUGGACCGAGACGCCCAUCACAGGCGCCAGAUGAAGGAAUUAAUUACAAAGGACCGAGACGCCCAUCACAGGCGCCAUAUGAAGGAAUUAAUUACAAAGGACCGAGACGCCCAUCACAGGCGCCAGAUGAAGGAAUUAAUUACAAAGGACCGAGACGUCCAUCACAGGCGCCAGAUGAAGGAAUUAAUUACAAAGGACCGAGACGUCCAUCACAGGCGCCAGAUGAAGGAAUUAAUUACAAAGGACCGAGACGCCCAUCACAGGCACCAGAUGAAGGAAUUAAUUACAAAGGACCGAGACGUCCAUCACAGGCGCCAGAUGAAGGAAUUAAUUACAAAGGACCGAGACGCCCAUCACAGGCGCCAGAUGAAGGAAUUAAUUACAAAGGACCGAGACGCCCAUCACAGGCACCAGAUGAAGGAAUUAAUUACAAAGGACCGAGACGCCCAUCACAGGCGCCAGAUGAAGGAAUUAAUUACAAAGGACCGAGACGCCCAUCACAGGCGCCAGAUGAAGGAAUUAAUUACAAAGGACCGAGACGCACAUCACAGGCCCCAGAUGAAGGAAUUAAUUACAACGGACCGAGACGUCCGUCACAGGCGCCAGAUGAAGGAAUUAAUUACAAAGGACCGAGACGCCCAUCACAGGCGCCAGAUGAAGGAAUUAAUUACAAAGGACCGAGACGCCCAUCACAGGCGCCAUAUGAAGGAAUUAAUUACAACGGACCGAGACGUCCGUCACAGGCGCCAGAUGAAGGAAUUAAUUACAACGGACCGAGACGCCCAUCACAGGCGCCAUAUGAAGGAAUUAAUUACAACGGACCGAGACGUCCGUCACAGGCGCCAAAUGAAGGAAUUAAUUACAACGGAUCGAGACGCCCAUCACAGGCGCCAGAUGAAGGAAUUAAUUACAACGGCCCGAGACGCCCAUCAGAAGUAAUUAACAGCCGCUCUGGAGGUCAGAACUACAACGCACAAAGACGCUUAUCAGAAAAGUAUGAACAUUAUUCCUGGACAAAGAGGUACACCAAAGACACGAGAGACAACUAAUUGAAGAAUGGUCGUUGACAAAGAAGCAUAUCUGCUAAAUGGAGUGUGUAGAGGUGACCAAAGUCAUACCUACCCUGACAUAUAUCAGUGAUGCAGGAAAAUUACUCUCGUGUUUUCAAAUAUUAAAAACUGAAUGUAAAGGGUCCAGUAAUGAUAAACUCUACUUUGUCAAACUCUUCAACAGACAUUACUUUGACGUUUGAUGUAUUUCUUCAAUAAUUCCCAGACGAGUCACAACAUCAUUACAGUGUUAAGUUUUAUUGCUGUCUUCAGUGAAAAAGUUAAAGGUAAAAGCUGAUAUUUUUGGGUUGGAUUUUAUCUUUAUAAUGGAUACAAAUUCCAAUACCAAUUGUUACAGUAUAAUGUUUUUGUAUUGCAUUAAUUAUAAUGUAAAAGAUAUACUUUAACAAUAAGGGUUUUCAUAGUUUAGUAAGACUAUUGUUUACAAUCUGACAUAUGGCGAAUAUCACCUCCAUCCAUUUACUGCAGGGUUGUUUUAUGACAACCUUUUGCCAGUAAUCAGUUUUACUUGUAACUUGAGAGUCAGAGAGCAGAUAUAAUAAUGCAUUAAGUAAAUAAUAAGUCGAUAUGUAGUUACCUUAAUCUAAGAACAAAAACUGUAUUUUCAUCUGUAUAUAACCCACGGGGAGCAGCGUCUAAGUGGACUUACCUCCUACCCAAGGAGUCGCCUGGGGCACUUACAGUCCACCCAGCUGUGAACGGGUACUUAACUGUGCUGUCUAUUGCCGGACACAUUACAUCCUUGUGGUGAGGAAUAGCAGUCAUGGUGCUGUAUCCGCAUUGUUUAGCCGAUGGCAACUACUUUCAGUGUUAAUACUUCAAUCCAAAACGACUUAUGGAAGCUUCUUUCACGAUGAAAGUAAAAAUAGGUUCUAAAGGCGUGAAUGCCCGUUAGGGACUGUGUGGAUAAACACUAUAAUGAGCCCUCAGUACCCAGGGAGGUAUCAUGGCCGGUCAUUUGUGUGUCAUCUCGUGACAAUUGAUCAGGCGAUAUAUAUAUAUAUAUAUAUAUAUAUAUAUGUAUAUACGCUAAGCAGUGUGAUGUGUAUAUUAAAUUAUCAUGGGAGGGAAUACUAUAUAACUACCCCGUAUUUAAAAAUAAGUAAUAGUUUAUUUUUGUUAUUGAAUGAAAGUUUAUAAUACAGUCAUACGGUAAUAAUAAAAAGGUUUCAUGCAUCGCUCAACAGGGUAAAUUAUUAUAAGUUGGUAAGAUGGAAUUUUAUCACAGUGAAAGAUUAUGUAACGCAUAAACAGUCAUUGUGUUAUGUAGUAUAAGAGAGAAUGCGAUUAAGGUUAAGAGUGUGUGAGGUACAGAUGUGUUACCUGUGUGUGAGGUACAGGUGUGUUACCUGUGUGUGAGGUACAGAUGUGUUACCUGUGUGUGAGGUACAGGUGUGUUACCUGUGUGUGAGGUACAAGUUACCUCCUCAUUGCGUCAUGCAUCGGUCUUAGAGUUCACUGUGUUAGUUGAUGAGGUAACUUUGUAAAUAACUAUAUCGCCCCCUGAGAACAAGUGGCUCAUGUUUUGUCCAAAUGAAAAAAGGAAAAUAUUUGUUCGUUUUACUCAAUAGUUUGUGUCAUUGUCUAUACGUUUGUCUAAUUUUAGGACACGAAGGAUAAAUAUUUUCUUUCGUCCUGAUAACUGUUAUGAGAUGUAUGUACAUAAAAUAUAGCCCUGUCAUCAUC